AUGUCCUACUACAUGGGCAACUUCUUCUACAAGGGUCCACAAUCAUUCUCAAUGCUGGAAACUGUCAAAGUUUUCGCUAUUCCCGAGACGUCGGAGCAGGCGCACAGUACUGCGAAUUCUUCGGCAAUCGUUUGCUGUUCAUUUCCCGCGUACGCCGACGUCUCGACGACUACAGUCACGACACAAGUUGCUCUCAUGACCUCUACACAAUUGCAAUACAAAACACAGACAAUUACUGCAACUUCAACAGCGCCAGGAUCUACUCAAACAAUCACAACCACAUCUGUAGCCUCAGCCGCUCCCCAAGAGGCAACCACUCAGAUCUCAACUACAUACAUCACGACGACUUCUUUGGCCCCGGCCACAACCCAGACAACAACAAGAAUACUUAAGCAAACAAACGAUUACGAUGAAAAGUCUUCACACUGUGACACAGCAGAGAAUCAGCACGCGGACGGUCACACGCAACCGCCCACCCACUACGACAGUGACAAGAGCAUGCACGACAAUAGCAACAGGGGCAUCUACGAGGACUGUCACUUUAAGAGAAAUAAUGACGAGGACCUUAACAUCUAG